UGUCGACUUCUCUUUCAAGGUAAUAUUGACGAAAUCCAAAAAAGUAUUCGAAUGAAAAAAUCUACAAAAUCAGAUUCAAUCAGGAACCAAACAAGGGAUUGCCAAAAGUUCGUAAAGACCAGAGGAUAUAUUACUGACUCCUUAUUUGAGGAAGAAAAGAUGUUUCCCAUUGCUUACAGUAUAAUGGCAUUUAAGAGUCCAGAGCAGUUUGAAAUUCUUCUCAGGGCAAUUUAUCGACCACAAAACAUUUACUGUAUUCACAUAGAUAAGAAAACAUCCGACAGUAUUUUCGAAGAAUUUUCAAGUAUAACGAGAUGUUUUCAAAAUGUUUUCCUAGCUUCCGAGAGAAUAUCAGUGCAAUGGGGAGGAAAAGGUGAAUUAACACAAGAGCUGGUCUGCAUGAAGGAUUUGUUGAGGUACUCCAAAUGGAAAUAUCUUAUUAACCUAACAGGGCAAGAAUUUCCCCUUCGUACAAACUAUGAGCUAGUGAAGAUUUUAAAAAUUUUCAAUGGUUCUAAUGAAGGCGAAGGCAUUCUUAAAAGAGUGAACAAAGACAGAUGGGCUUAUGCUGGACAACCGCCACACAAGAUCCGCCCCAUUAAAGGGGCAGUGCACGUGACAGUUAAUAGAAAGUUCGUAGAAUAUGCAAUUAAUAAUCCUGUUGCAAAAGACUUUCUGGCUUGGGUGCAGAAAACAGGACCUGUUCCUGAUGAAACUUUCUUUCCUUCUUUGAUCCACAACCCUCAUUUAGGAAUCCCUGGUAGUUUUAAAGGACAAGUUGAAACAGAUUACUCAGUGAAGAAACCUUUUCUAUCGCGAUUUAAGAGCUGGAGUGGUGCGCCAAAUUAUUGGCCUUGUCAUGGUUACUUUGUCAGGGGUAUUUGCAUUUUUGGACUCGGAGAUCUCCCACUUCUCGCCCGAAGACCCGAAUUUUUUGCAAACAAGUUCCACAUCGACCACGAGCCACACACCUUGCUUUGUUUGGAUCAGUUACUUUUCAAUAGGACAAGAGAUGAAUAUUCAGGAAGAUUGCAAUUUGAAACAGAUUAUUAUGAGAAUUUAGAGUAUAUAAAAAAUGUGGUUUAAACAAAGAAUGUAUGGAUAAGAUUCUGGUAUUAUAAAGGAAAUUUAUGAAUGGUUUCUUCAGUGAAUUCAACUAAAAUAUGAAGUUUUACAUUGUUUGUAUUUCCUUGAUAUCAAUUUAUAUAUAUGUCGCUUCUAUUUUUAGUAUUAAACCCAAGGCAUAAUAUCAUAAAUACAUGUACUUUUGUAUACAUGAAAAAGUUUACCG